UUUAUUUAGCCUUCUCCCCCUCACCUACCGGGAGCUGCUCCUGCUCCCUCCCUCCUCUCGCCUCCAAAAAUUUGUCUCGUCUCAUCACAAGCAACUCUCUCUCUCUCUCUCUCUCUCUCUCUCUCUCUCUCUCUCUCUCCGGAGCUCAGGUGAAGUAAGGGACCAUGCAGGCGGUGGCGGUGAAUGGCGGGGGCGACGUGCAGAAGCAGCAGCAGCAGCCGGUGGUGGGUGCGCCGCCUCCGCCGCCGGCAGCGGUGGUGCCGCCUCAUUGGGUGGCCAUGCCGUUCGCGCCGCCUCCCGGGGCCGCGGCCAUGGUGAUGCCGCACCAGAUGUCGCCGGCGCAGCCCCAGUUCGCGGCGGCGCACUUUGUGCCGUUCCACGCUGUCGCGCCGCCGCCGUCGCGGGCGGCGCCCGUGGCCGCCGUCGCGGUGGGCUCCCCCGCCGCGCAGGCCGGGCAGGAGGAGAACAAGACCAUCUGGGUUGGCGACCUCCAUUACUGGAUGGACGAGAACUACCUCCACAGCUGCUUCGGCUACACCGGCGAGGUUGUGGCGAUCAAAGUUAUUCGUAAUAAGCAGACUGGACAGUCGGAAGGAUAUGGAUUUGUAGAGUUCUACAGUCAUGCUGUAGCUGAGAAAGUACUUGAAGGUUUCGCUGGUCAUAUAAUGCCAAAUACCGACCAACCUUUUAGGUUAAAUUGGGCAUCGUUUAGCAUGGGGGAUAGGCGUUCGGAUGUUGCUUCAGAUCAUUCCAUAUUUGUAGGCGAUCUUGCUUCUGAUGUCAAUGAUGCCACAUUACUGGAGACUUUCUCCAGCAGGUAUUCCUCUGUCAAAGGUGCCAAAGUUGUUAUUGAUGCUAACACCGGUAGAUCGAAGGGCUAUGGUUUUGUGAGAUUUGGAGAUGACAAGGAGAAGACACAUGCCAUGACUGAGAUGAACGGUGUGUAUUGCUCUACUAGGCCCAUGAGAAUUGGCCCUGCAACUCCCAGAAAAUCUUCAGGUACUUCUGGAUCAGCUGGUUCAUCUGCUCGAUCAGAUGGAGGAGAUUUGACCAACACAACUGUAUUUGUCGGUGGGCUCGAUCCAAAUGUUAAUGAAGAGGUCCUUAGGCAAACCUUCUCCCAGUAUGGAGAAAUUUCUUCCGUAAAGAUUCCAGUUGGGAAACAAUGUGGCUUCGUGCAGUUUGCUCAGAGAAAGAAUGCAGAAGAUGCAUUGCAAGGACUAAAUGGAAGUAUCAUCGGAAAACAAACGGUGCGCCUUUCAUGGGGUCGCAAUCCAGCAAACAAGCAGUUUAGGGGCGACAACGGCAACCAGCGGAACAACGGGAUGUACUACGCGGCUUCCCCGUUCUACACGGGCUACGGCUACCCUGCGGCGCCGUUCCCUGAUCCAGGCAUGUACGCUGCCGCCACCGCCUACGGCGCCUACCCGUUCUACGGGAAUCGGCAGCAAGUGAGCUGAACUGAACUGCUGCCACGCCUCACUUGAAACUGGAGGUAUUAGGUGUAGCUCUUGGUAGAAGAAGGCAGUAGACAACGGUCUCAUAGGUGAGCUAGAUGCAGUUACCGGUUAUGUAAAGCACAUUAUCACACGACCUAGCACGCCGAGACACCUAUUGACUGGCACUGGCCACGGCCUGUCGGAUUCCCCAACAAAAUGAGUUUUUGACCUGGAGCUGCGACCUUGAAGCAGAACAAUAAGCUAAUGGAAUCCGUGUGUCUGCUUCCUACA